CAGUUGCUUUUAUUUCUCUUCCCCAUUCGUGUGUUUACGCGCUGAGAAACACGCUUUUGGAUUCGUACAAAAAAUAGCAUAAAGUGUGCAAAAAAGCACGAGUAAUUGUUCUUUUUAUUGCCCUUUCCAGCGACUCAAAAUAAAUCUUGUGUAGUUCAAAGGUUCACAUCGCACUCUGAUAUGAUUUUGAGUGGGAGAUAAACGUAAUCAGUGUGUCGGAGAGUCUCUCAGUGUGUAAUUCUACACUCUAUUUGGUGGAAUAGCAUGAACUGGCUGGAGCGUCGCGGGCGCGGAAGAAUAUUUUCCAGUGACUCUUGAAGUGUGAUCGCGGUCAAGGAGCAAUGGGCGACGGGGAAAGGUACAUUGGGGCUCUCGAUGUAGGGACAACGACCCUGAGAUGCAUGAUUUUCAACCGUUCCCUCCAAAUUUGUGGCUUCGCGAGCGAGCAGGUACAAUUAAUAUACCCGAAAGUGGGAUACACUGAAAUCGACCCGGAUCAGUUUUGGGCGAGUGUGGUGAGUGUGAUCAGGAGUGCGUUGGAGAGUGCGAAAGUGUCUGCAGAUGAGCUGGAGUGCCUGGGAAUAACUACUCAGCGGUGCAGCUUUAUCACGUGGCAUCGGGAGAGUGGGAAGCCCUUCCACAACUUCGUCGUGUGGAAUGACAUGCGUGCCAAGGAGCUGGUGAAGAAGUGGAAUGAGAAUGUGCUGCUCAAGUCCUUCCAGGGAGUCGCGAAGUUCCUCCAUCUAAUCACACGCAACAAGCGCUUCUUGGCGGGCAGCGUGAUGAAGUUCAUGAACAGCCAAGUGACGGCGCGCCUGGCUUGGAUGAUACGGAACAAUGAUGAUCUGAGGAAGGCCGUCCAGAAUAAGACCGCUUUGUUCGGCACCAUUGAUACGUGGCUUUUGCACAAAUUCCAGCAAGGUCUCGCCGGUGGCAAUAAAAAGCCAAUUGAUCACAUCACGGAUGUCACGAAUGCCUCUGCCACCGGGCUUUAUGACCCAUUUCAGCUCAACUGGGCCGAAUGGACAUUUUCACUCUAUGGCAUCAGUGCAGACAUGAUGCCGCGCGUUGUGGACAAUUCCCACGAUUUUGGUGUAAUUGAUAAGUCCAUCUUCGGCAGUGAAAUCAAGAUUGGCUGCUCGAUUGCUGACCAAUCUGCUUCGAUGUGGGGUUCUUGCUGCUUCGCCAAGGGAGACGUGAAAGUCACUCUGGGCACCGGAACUUUCAUGAAUCUGAACACUGGCAAGGAAUGCCACGCGUCGGUGUACGGAUUGUAUCCUCUCGUGGCCUGGAGCGUCUUCAAUAAGGAGACCAACUCCCCCGAAGUGAUGUAUUGCGUCGAGGGACAGUCUAGUGACACAGGAUCACUCAUUAGAUGGGGCAUAGAUUUCGGUCUCUUCACCGAUCCUUCGUGCUCCUCCGAUAUGGCCUAUUCCGUGGACGACUCAGAGGAGAUUUUCUUCAUCCCAGCCUUUAGUGGACUCGGUGCCCCAUUGAACGAUGCAAAAGCCGCCACUGGAGUCAUUGGCAUCCGUCCGACCACCACAAAAUCCCACAUCGUGAGAGCCUUGCUGGAGAGCAUCGCCUAUCGCGUGACUCAACUCUAUAUUUGCACUUUGGAUGAAACAGACUUCAAGUUCUCAAUCAUUCGAGUGGACGGCGGUGUCUCAAGAAAUGACUUUGUUUGCCAACUCUUGGCCAAUUUGACGGGCUUGCAGGUGGAGAGGACGAACAAUUCGGAACUUUCGGUAAUGGGAACGGCCUUUCUUGCCGGGCUAAAUGUGGGGAUCUUCAAGAGUCGACAGGAAUUGCUGGAGAAGAGAAUUGUCGAGAGAGUGUUUCAUCCUCAGACAGAAUACAUUGAGCGAUGUAAAAGUAAAUUUCACCGCUGGCACGAGGCUGUUGAGCGAUUCAGGAAUUGGUACGAUGAGAGCUAGUUGAUCAAAGAUUUACUUACAAUGCGAAUAAAAAGUAUUUUUGCAACUUUUGAAA